AUGCGUGUGGAAUGGGCUCGGAGUUAUCUGUUGCGAGGAAAAGCUGCGGCCUCCAGUCGACAAUUCGAUUCAUCCCGCGCUGCGAAGGACCUACGCCCCUCUACCCGUAAACGCUCUCGCUCGCUGCCCCCGUUGUCUUUGAUUGUGGGCGGUGGAGCCGCUGCAUUGGCGCUGAACUCAUCCCCCGAGAGCGUGCUGCGAGUGCGUAACAUCGCGCACACCGGAGUGUUGGUCCUUCAUGAGAGCGAAACUGUAAAAUCUCUUGAAGAUGCAGCAGCAUUGGCGACACAGUGGAGGGAGAUCCUAAGCCGUGGUGGUCUGGAGGCAGCGCAGGAUGAGCUCGUGGAGCGUCUGCUCAGCUACAUCUUGCGUCUCCAGGAUGACGAGCAGAGCCAAAAUACACUACGCUUCCUCAUAAAGCAAGGAGUGUUGCCUCUACUGGUGCAGUAUACUGCGUGGAGCAAACCCACAGACCCUACACGACUGCGACAAUUGGUUCAAAGUUUCAUCAAGUUGUUGGAAGUUGCUGCAAUCAAUGGAAAAGUGGAGCUAUGGCUGUCAUUGGUGACGGUAUCCCAGGCUCUCGCUCAUCUCAUGGAGCAGGACGACGAUAUCGUGAGCUACGUGGAUUUAUUACAAAUUGGUGAAGCUCUGAUGAAGGUGCAGCAGUUGGCUCGUCAGAGGCUGGAAGAGGGGGCUGACGCGUCUCGAGCCUUUGUGGUGAAUCGCUCGGACCUGGCCGAUCCGGACUUUUCACGAGUGGCAGGAAGCUGUACUGCGCUGGUAAAUUUGUGCUCUCCAGAUAUGCCUGAUUCUAUGAAGAAAUUUGGAUUGUGGGCGACGGGUGCCCUUGUGCAGGCGGUGAAUCGAGAGGAAUCGAGUGCUCUACAUGCACGACAACUGGAGGCAGCUUUAGGACCUGUGCUUGCGACAACGAUGCUUGCGUUGCCACGAGAUGAUAACACCAUCGACUUGCACCUUCAAGCUGCCACAGUGGUUGACAGGUUACUCCAUGUUGCUCGCCAUAAUCCCGCGGCUGUGACUCGUGAAACGUAUGAACUUUGGAUGGAUCAAAUACGCUAUUGGACAGGAACGGAGGAGGUCGAGCCGGAGCCCCAACCCAACACACGAUGGCUUCGACGAAGGUCUGGUCAAAUUGACCAGAAGGAGGACCAGGAGACUAUAAAACGGAGGCAAAAGCUACAUCUUCAAAUUCAGCUGACCAGUUCGCAAUGUCUGCGUACACUGACGACAUCUCCGCAGAGCCGUCGCUAUGUGUGCGAGUCUUCAAGCACAAGAGCAGCUCUUUUUGAGCUGUCCCGCCAGAUUCACGAGAAAAGGCAAAACAUGGCGGACGCAGUUGACGAAGAUGUGGCAAGGAACUUGAUGAGCAUCCAGCGGCAUUUGUCAUGGACAUUUCGCAACCUUUGCACAGGGUUUCAGAGCGGUGCCAUGGCGCUAGAUUGCAUGUUUAACGCGUGCUGGGCUGCAUCUCUUCUGCAAUCGCGUCGAGAUUUACCAAUGUCGCGCUUCUUUCGCGGGAUAAAUGAUCUUACAGACUUGCCCAUUAUAGGAGCUGAAGAGUACGAAGCCAGCACUGAGUUCGGGUGGGUCGAUAUUUUAACUGGUUGGAGCGCUAGCUCGGAUCAUCAAGUGCGCGAGAACGCUAUCUCUAGUCUCAUCUUCCUGGCUGAACAGGAUCGGCAGUCGUCAACCAACUUGAUGUCCGACGAAGAGGAGGAAAUCUGCAACAAGCAAGAGCAUAUUCUGCAGGCGUGGCUCACGAAUAUGCUCCAGCAAAUCCGUUUACUCUCGGGUGGGGAGUUGCUUGCUGUGAAGCAAAUGGAGGAGAUCGCCCACGUAUCGAAAGAACUUACUCCCGGCAACGAGCGGAUUCUGUUCAACCCUGCAGUAGUCGACGCCGGCACGUCAGCUUUGGCUAUAUUAGCGGAGCACCAUCACGCUGAGCUUGUACAGCAGGGUGUUGUUCCACUGGUGGCUUUGCUAUCUGCUACUAGUGCUGCCACACCGGCGCUUCAUACACAAUGUGCUCGUGUACUAGCGAACCUGGUCGCAACGUAUUGUCUCGACAUCGACCCAAGAAGCUCAGCUCUUUCCACUGACCCUGCUCGAAUUGUUACCAGCGAUCACGUCGACAUUGCCAAAUUGCUAGAGCAAACGGCCUCUGGCAGGCAAUUUCUUGGCAAUAUUCGCCGCUGGGGCCAAUGCGAUGACCCAAUGCAACGCUCCAAUUAUUUCCGUGUCGCGCAGAACCUCCGUGCGUACGACGAAGUAGUGGCAACUGGCCGUCUGGUGAAUGAUGUAUACUGUGAAGGCGUACACCCGAUCGUCUCUAAAAACGAAGAUGAAUCCGUGGAGCAACCUACGGACGAUGACAGCUCUGCCCCUCUGGUCGAUGUGGUGUUCGUACACGGUUUACGUGGACACCCAUUCGGUACAUGGCGCACUGAUAUGAGCAACAAACUGGAGGGGAAUAACGAUAUUUGGCCAGACGUGUUGCUUGGAAAGGACUUGAAGCGCAACAACGUGCCUGCGCGGUUAGUGACGCUAGGCUACGAAGCUGGCAUGGUGAGCUGGUCCAGUCCGUGGCCUUCACUAACUCUACAGGAACGGGCACGUGUCAUGCUUUCUGCUCUCUACGCUGCUAAUAUCGGUCGAGAUCGUCGGCACUCAGGAGCACCCGCUCGACCUGUUGUCUUCGUUACCCACUCGAUGGGUGGUUUACUGACCAAGAAGAUGCUCUUGUUGGAGCGUGAACAGCGCGAUCAGUCUGGACUGGCAGAUAGCACGACGGGCGUUGUCUUCCUUGCCGUCCCUCACUUUGGCUCUGAUCUAGCGAAGGGCGUACGGUCGGAAUCUAUUCGCAAAUUGAUCCAGGCACAUCCAGCCAUCGAAGACCUCGCAGCGGAUCCACAUGGACGUCUCGAGGACCUUAACAACAGCUUCAAGCAGCUAGGCAUUGACUGCUUCAGUGUGGGCGAGGAACAUGCUGCACCCGUGGCGCUCGGCCUCUCUGCUGUCGUCGUGAAGCCUGAAUCGGCCGACCCAGGCAUCGGUCGCUUCUACGUGUUGGCCGAGUCCGAUCACAUGACGAUCUGUAAGGCUAAAAGCAGGAACGAGCCGCUGUACCAGGACAUUCUCCAGUACGUUAUUCAGCAUGCCAGAGCGUAA